UUUGGGAUCGCUAUGGCGGCGGGGUCGUGGCCGCGGCCGGGGCGCGGCGCGUUUGACUGAGGGGGGCGGACGGCAGCCGGGCCGGGGCGGCCGCCAUGUUCGGCGCGGGCGGGGGCCGCGCCAAGGCCGAGCGCAAGGGCGGCGCGAAGGAGGAGGCGGCGGGCGGCGCGGGCAGCCGGGCGGAGCUGCUGGUGUUCGGCUACGCCUGCAAGCUGUUCCGGGACGACGAGCGCGCGCUGGCGCAGGAGCAGGGCCAGCACCUCAUCCCCUGGAUGGGCGACCGCAAGCUCCUCGUCGACAGCCAGUGGCUAGGGGCCAGCCUGGCCAAGAUCUUACCUCCAAUGGACGCAGUGUCUUGGGUGAAGAUCUCUCCUGAGCUCGGGACUAGCAGAAAGAAGCGAGGAAAUGUCCACCGUUUGGUUCUUACGGAUAGAUACGAUGGACGUGGCCACCUGCACGACCUCUCCGAGUACGAUGCCGAGUAUUCCACGUGGAACAGAGACUACCAGCUCUCUGAAGAGGAGGCACGAAUAGAGGCCCUGUGUGAUGAAGAGAGGUAUUUAGCCUUGCAUACGGACUUGCUUGAGGAGGAGGCAAGGCAAGAGGAAGAAUACAAGCGAUUGAGUGAGGCACUAGCUGAAGAUGGAAGUUACAAUGCCGUGGGAUUCACUUAUGGUAGUGAUUAUUAUGACCCUUCAGAACCAACUGAGGAAGAAGAGCCUUCUAAACAGAGAGAAAAAAAUGAGGCUGAAAAUUUAGAGGAAAAUGAGGAGCCUUUUGUUGCCCCUUUAGGACUGAAUGUACCGCCUGAUGUGGAGCUGCCCCCGACAGCCAAGAUGCAUGCCAUCAUCGAGCGUACGGCCAGCUUCGUGUGCAAGCAGGGCGCGCAGUUUGAGAUCAUGCUGAAGGCCAAGCAGGCCCGCAAUUCGCAGUUCGACUUCCUGCGCUUUGACCACUACCUCAACCCCUACUACAAGUUCAUCCAGAAGACCGUGAAGGAGGGGCGCUACUCGGCUCUGGUGGGAAACAACGGCGGAGAGAAAAAGAAGUCAGGGGCCGGCUCUGACAAUGAGGACGAUGAAGAUGAGGAGGACGGGAACUACCUGCACCCGUCUCUCUUUGCCUCCAAGAAGAGCAGUCGCCUGGAGGAGCUAAUGAAGCCUCUGAAGGUGGUCGACCCAGAUCACCCCCUGGCAGCGCUGGUCCGAAAAGCCCAGGCCGACAGCCCUGUCCCCACCCCCCCUGCGGCUGAUGGUGCAGCUGUCCAGCCCUCCCAGGCGGAGUUCACCACUGACUCCACGGUGGCCGCCAUGUACUACAGCUACUACAUGCUGCCCGACGGCACCUACUGCCUGGCCCCGCCCCCGCCGGGGGUGGAUGUGGCUGCCUACUACAGCACCCUGCCUGCUGGGGUGGCCGUGGCCGGUGCCCCACCCCCACCCGGGACCACCCCCCCGCCCCCCCCAGCCACUGCAGAGGCAAGCAGUGGGCCCACCUCGGCAUCCAUCACCACAAGUGCCCUGGCUCCAGUGGCCAUCAUCCCCCCACCACCAGACAUCCAGCCCGUGAUUGACAAGCUGGCAGAGUAUGUGGCUCGGAAUGGUGUGAAAUUUGAGACCAGUGUUCGUGCCAAAAAUGACCAGAGGUUUGAGUUCCUGCAGCCAUGGCACCAGUACAACGCCUACUAUGAGUUUAAGAAGCAGUUCUUCCUCCAGAAAGAAGGAGGUGAAGGCGCGCAGGCCCCCUCAGCAGCAGAAGAGGCCCCUGCCGAGCCUGAUUCCGAAAGCCCGGCUGAGGCUGGCGAGGACGGCCUGGCUGAGGACGCCAGCACCUCAGGAGGCAGAGGCGCUUCAGCAGGGCGGAAGGAGGUGUCCUCCAGUAAGGCCGUGGCAGAUGGCAAGCUGGUGAAAGCCUCGUUUGCCCCGAUAAGCUUUGCCAUCAAGGCCAAGGAAAACGACUUACUUCCCCUGGAGAAGAACCGUGUGAAGCUAGAUGAUGACAGUGAGGACGACGAGGAGGGCAGAGAGGGACAAGAAAGUGCCACCAGCGCCGCCACACCCCACCCAGUCAUCACCCCGCCCUGCGUGGUGGUCGAGGAGAAGAAGCCGCAGCUGACCCAGGAGGAGCUGGAGGCCAAACAAGCAAAGCAGAAGCUGGAAGACCGGCUGGCGGCUGCCGCCAGGGAGAAACUGGCCCAGGCGUCCAAGGAGUCCAAGGAGAAGCAGCUGCAGGCUGAGCGGAAGCGGAAGGCAGCCCUGUUCCUACAGACCCUGAAGAACCCCGUGCCAGAAGCAGAGGCUAGCAAGAUGGAGGAGAGCCCCUUCAGUGUGGAGGAAACCAGUGCCGUGUCCUGUCCUCUGCUGGUAGGAGGCCAUCCUCUGCCCACCAUCGAAGCCAAGUCCCCUGAAGGGCCCUCAAGCAGGAGCAGAGACCCUCCGAGAGAAGAGGAGAGAGAGAAGAAAAAGAAAAAGCACAAGAAGCGCUCUCGAACCCGGUCACGCUCACCCAAGCAUCGCGCACCCAGGGCCCACUGCAGGUCUCACUCCAAGGCCAAGCACUGCCUGCCCAGCGCCUACCGCACAGCCCGGCGCUCCAGGUCACGUUCCCGGUCGCCUAGGAGGAGAGCUCACUCUCCCGAGAGAGGGCGGGAAGACAGGACUGUCCCCACAGCCUACCGCCUGAGCAACAGCCCAGGGGUCAGCAGGAAGCGCAGCCGCUCCAGAAGUCCCCACGAGAAAAAGAAGAAGAGACGCUCACGAUCCAGGACCAAGUCCAAGGCCAGGUCCCGCUCGACGUCCCCGGGCAAGCCAGCCCCGCGCCGCCACUCCGCCAGCAUCUCUCCAGCGGAAAGCCGGGGCUCCAGCCAGGAGCGCUCCAGAGGAGUUUCUCAGGAAAAAGAUGGUCAGAUCUCUUCAGCGAUUGUCUCCUCCGUGCAGAGCAAAAUCACUCAGGACCUCAUGGCCAAAGUCAGAGCAAUGCUCGCAGCUUCCAAAAACAUGCAGACCAGCACCUCCUGAGGCGGCGCUGGUGGGAGCCGGACUGUCUCCGCAGGGUGAGCGCCACUGGCCAUUGGCAGUGCUCCCAGGCCUCCCACCGGCCAGGCUUUUGUACAUCACUUUUGAUGACAUUUUCGUUUCAGACUUUUAACCAGCAGUCUCAUCUGUAUAUUUGUAAAUACUAUCAUGUUUCUGUGGAAAUAUAUUAAAUAAAAUGGGAGGAAAACACCUUUUUCUAGCCAGAAA